AUGUCCAAGAUGCACACCCAUCUACAGCACCUGGUCGUGAAAUGUUCCAAUAAUACGGGAGGUAUGAACGUACAGCCGGCCAAACUGGAAGUUGAUGGUGAACCCAUUUUCCUGAAACGACAUGUAAUUCCCUACGGCCAACGUGAUGGUGUACUGCAGGUCCUUGAGAAAAUGGAGCGCGAUGGCAUAAUCACACGAGUCACAUCCAGUACGUGGGUAACGCCAAUCGUGAUCGCGAUCAAAAGUGACGGCAAAACACCGCGAAUUUGUGGCGAUUACCGAUUAACACUCAACCCGCGGUUGCGAAAGUGUGCGGCUACCACCACGGAACCGGAGGAUUUCAUAAAAGCUAUUCAGGUGAAAUACUGUUACUUCUUUCACCAAUAUUACCAUUGGUAA